GAGAAGAACACCGCAACAGUACUUAAGCAGCCUCUGUUCACUGUGGAAAUUAUUGAUUGUUUCACCUUGAUGAUAUCAUCGAACAAGUAUCAGUAUUACGUGUUUUACUACUGCACAAGGAAAACAUUACAAGGAAAAACUCAGUGUUACAUGGUGGAAGCGAAGGAAUUUGAAGAAAACGGAUGGGUGAGGUGGAGUUGUCAUGUCUGGCUUAUGUGAAAAUGUUCCUGCAUGCCAGUCAGUUUCCACGCUGCAGUGUGAAUGGGCUGCUGUUGUCCUCCAAUGCCGCAGGGGGAGCUGUGUGUAUUACUGAAUGUGUGCCGCUGCUGCACUCACACCUGUCUCUCGCACCAAUCACACAGGUCGCUCUCGCACAGGCGGAUGCUUGGUGUUCACAAACUCAGCAAAGGAUUGUGGGAUAUUAUCAAGCUAAUGCUUGUGUAUCAGACAGCAGCCCCACACCAUCUGCGCUAAAAAUAGCAGACAAGAUCUUCGAGCAGUGCAACAAUGCUGUGUUACUUAUGGUUGACGGGGAGAAGAUGUUUCCUGACUGCCGUGUUCCGGCAGUCGUGAUAUAUGAUCGUAAAGAUGCGUGCUGGGUCCUCAGUGACGAACGCACAAUAAUGCUUCGGCAAUGGGAAGAAACUCGAUCAAUAGCAAAUCAGCUGUUAAGCUCUGGCGAUCAGGCCCUCUUAGUGGAUUUUGACAGCCAUUUGGAUGACAUCACAAGAGACUGGACCAAUCAAAAUCUCAAUGCCAAGAUCAUGGAACUUCUCUCCCCAGCCAAUGGAAGUGUAUAAAUUGUGUACUGAUAACACUAAAUUUAUCAUGGUUGUUCACUAAAUAUUUUCUGUAUAUGUCGCUCUUAUGAUUCUAUAUUAUUUGGAUGAACGUAUUGUUUAACUAAAUUCAUAACUCAUUGUGUGAAAAAUAACAGGCUUUUGAUACCGCAGUGAUUUGAAGCGCCUUAUGGCAUACAUAAUACAAAUACAGUUCCCAAAUAUGCAGAAAUAUUUUUCUGUCUUCCAAUCUAAUUCUGUAUGAUUCAUAGGACUGUGCUUUUGACUUGGAAAAAAAAAUACAAAAAAUAAAUGAAUAUAAACUUAGUA